CUUUUCCUCUUUUCUCUCUCUCUCUCUCUUUUUCCCUUCUCUACUAUCGCAUAAUUGUGUGUAUCAAUAAAGAUACAAUUGAUUUUACUUGAACUAAGUUCUCAUUGCCUCUUUUUGCACUCUGAAAUCAAAAUGAACCAUCACGACCAUCCUUUGGCUCGUGACAUUAAAAUUGGCGUCACCGUGACAGGAUCCUGAUAGACAGAGGGGUUGCAGGUUGUCUAUAGUCUGUAACAGGAGGAGGAAUUCCUCGCAUACUGUAGACACCUAGGUAAAAGCAUCCCUAUACUCUAUUGAGGUGUAUGUGUCUUCAGGAUUUCACAAAAGAUCUCCUAGUGCAAAAAGAGAAAUUGUUUUUUGUGUAAGCUGUCCUGUUGAGCGAAGGGACAACUUGUAGUAACUAAACAGUGCCUCGGCAGACAGGGUUUUGUCCCUUUACCCACCCCAGGGAAAGAGGGGAGACGCAGCGUAGCUCUGUGUGUGUACAACCAAGCAUUACCUCCCUGUAGUGGUUUUCUGAUCCCCUUCCCAAAAUGAUUGAUGAUUUUACACAUAAAACUACAUUUUAUGCUCUACUAAGUAAACACAAUUCCACACCCUCUCCAGAGGUGGAAUUUUGGGCUAAUAAUAACUGGUUUAAUUUGGAGAGUGUGGUUGAUAAAUAUGUUCUUUACAACAUGAAACAAAAUUUAAACUGGGCAAAAAUAAAACCAUACUCUGCUCAGUUCUGGGAGCCUGCCUUACGGCAGCUGUAGAAACUCGCUUUAAGCGAAGAAGUGAAGAAAAUGCAAUAAUUGACUCCCUUCAAAAUUUAGUUGAAAUUUUGCAAAAUGAAAACCAUUUGCUGCGAGAUGAAAAUAUUUUGCUACGGACUGCCUUGGGAGAUGAAUUUUCUAAAAAUUUAGAGAAUGCUGACUUCCCAAAAAAGGCAGAGGAAAAAGAAACUCCUCACAUUAAUCAGAUUUACCCCCAGAAAGAAUUAGUGUUAGUAAAAAAUUGUGGGGAACGCUGCUGCCCUAACACAACAUCUCUAGUUAAAACAAAAUGCAACUAUAUUAAUGAUGAAGAUUCAGACCCACAUAUAACCACUAAAGAAAUCCCAGACACCUCCAGUGAAUUAUCUAAGCUAAAAGGAGAGUACUCGCGUUUCCCUCACGAGCUGGAGACAAAACAUGUUUCUCGAGUAUCUCUCAGUGGUGGAGAUCAAAUUAAAUUGACAGAACAAGAAGUUAGUGGGUACUGGGGACAUGGAGUUUUCUUAACAAUAAGAGACGAACGUAACCCGUGGUCCCUGAUUCAAUGCACAGCUUACUGGGCAGAGGGGUUUAACCCCUUGGAAAAGGGAGACCAUUUAACUUUAAUUGGUACUCCCAAACAGCCCGUGGAAAACAUUCGCAAAGCUGCCUGCUUGCAAAUGAUACAUGAUGAACCACCAAUGCAAUUGCCUGUAGAGGCUGAAAUUAUGAUUCCUUUAAUUCAAAAGCUUUUGGAAUCACUUAAACCUAUAGCAAUUGUUUUAAGUUCUGUAGAAAAGCUAGACAGAUCACUCGGAAACCCGAGUGAACCAACCGGAUCUACAGAUCGCGGUUUCAGUCCUCAUCCUACCCCCUCCCAGCCCCCAGCCCCUCAAUCUAAUUCACCUGCCGGUGAUCGUAAUGUCUGUGUAUUAAGUGAAAUUGCAGUAGAAGUGACCAACUAUGUUAAAACUCCUAGUAGUGAAAAACCAGAGAAAAGAAAACAUCACUAGCCGUCAACAUUUGUUGCUAUUAGAUAUUAAAAAAGGGGUCCCCAAAGAAAACCCAAAUUUGCCAGGGCAACCCCUCCCUAAAAAAUCACAGCCAAGUACACACCUUUCUUCUGAGAAUCUGGGCAGUGAGCCCAGAAACAAUCUAACAGUUCAACCCACCGCACCCUCCCCCUCUCAGCACCCAGGCAACAAACCAAAGCGAAGCCUUCCUUCUCAAGGGAACCGACAUUCAUCCACCCUUGCCCACCCUGCUUUGGCCCAAGAAUUAGAAAAAAUACCCAUAGCUGACAAUGUAGCUGUUUACCAAUGCAUCGAUGAUAUUUUUGUGGGUAGGGAUGAAAUAGAAGUGGAGGAUGCCCAACAGAAAAUAAUCUCCAACUUAGAAAGCUUUGAUCUACAAAUUUCCCCUGAAAGUAAAAUUUCUGAGAAUUUGAUGGAAAAGAAGCGUGACAUGCAUGUGGUAACCUCCUUCGAUCAAAUUAAAAUGCCAGAAUCUACGAAGGAACUGCAACAAGUUUUAGAGCUACUAGCGUUUUGGAGAAAACACAUUCCUGAUUUUUCUAUAAUUGCCAGACCCCUUUACAGCUUGCUAAGAAAAGGUAAAAUUUGGGAAUGGGGUGAUUCUCAUCAGGAGGCUUUAAAAUUGUUAAUUUUUGAGGCAACUGCUCACCAAGCACUUGGUCCUACUUAUCCUACAGAUCCUUUCCAGAUGGAAUGGGGUUUUGCUUUUUCAGGAUUGUCAGUGCAACAACCUGUUGUCCUGAGAGGCCCUUUUAAAGUCAUUAAAGCAGUUAUUCCAUAUUCAACCCCCCCACCUGACGGGGUGGCUGAAGGAGCCUCACUCGAAGCUGUUAAAAAAUCUGACAAUGAACUUGGAUGGCAGCCCAGACAAACCUGCCUCAGUCACUGAAACAGCCCCUCCCUUUUGCCCCAAGCAGUCUCACCUUACUGCAGAAAUUGUCCCAGAUUGGGCAAAACGUGAAAAGAUCAAAUGGGCUUCUCAUACUUAUUAUGGAUGGGAGGCUAACAAGUGUUCCAAAAUCACUGCUUUUUGCCCGGCAGUUCCAAGCAUAAACACACCCUGGAUAAUUCCUUCAUACUAACUUUUCUGUCUUUGGAGGCAGAUUCUGUUGUGUUUACUUUUCACAGGAGAACUCCGAGGGACAUAAAGACCACAUAAAACUAUGAUAAAACUGGUGAUAUUUUUAAACAUUAUUGGUGUUAUAAGAAGAAAAUUAAGAAUUUUAAAUAGUAUUGAUUUAGAAUAGUCAUCCUUAUUGGCCUUGAGAACGACUCAGUAGCUAAAUGUGAAUGAUCACAAAUUGAUAAUUGAUCACAAAACUAAAUCUUUUAGCUCUUAGCUGCCUCCAGUCUCAGUAGUGGAUGCAGUUAAUGGCUGCCUCAAUUAUAAAAGAAGGCAGUUUUUCUACUGAAAUUUGGAAGGUAAUUUGGAACAAUGCCAAUGAUUUCGAAAGAGAUUUUCAAUUCUGGUGGAACUUGGUGAAUUUUAUUUAUGACUAUUAUAAAUACAGCCACAGUUUUUGUAUUGACCAUACCUAAUGCUUUAGUACAUUUGAUAUUCCCUAUUACUGUGUAAAGAUUAAAUCAUGAUGGAGCUACUCUCUAUCCUUUCCAGUAUAGGGAAUGGGCCCGUCAAAUUGAUGAGAAAUUGCAAACUGUUAAUUUAGAAUUUUGUAUUGUUUGGGAACAACAAAGGUUUAUUUGUGAAAGUAAUAAAAUUACAUUUGUUUGGACAUAGAACAAAAUAUUUCUCACUUUUGAAGUUUAUCCUAACGAGACUCCUGAAACAGUGCUUCUAUAUGUAAGCAAUGGAUGUGUAUGCUUUUGGACUGCUUGUGAUGUUGUAACUGUAGAAAAUGUUAUAUUAGAUACUAAAAAUCAUUUGAAUUUUUGUGCUUGUAACUUUACUAAAAUUACAGCCUGUGAUUUUUCUUUUUCAGUUCCAGUUACUUCUUACCAGCUUUUACAAUCUAAUUACACACUGAUCCACAAGCUAUGGCCUACCCUGAUUGGGAUGAACCUCACUUUGUCCUGAAGACUUCAGAACAACGCAACGAACUCGGCUGAUGGAGCUCUCCUGACAACCAGUUGUGAGUCAUGGGGUGGUGUAAGAGUCUGUCUGAAAAUCCCUCAUCUGCCUCACGACUGUCAGGAACCAAGACCCCCAAGGACCCUGGGCCACAGCACAGGAGUUCUGGCCUGAUUGAGGUGGGACCCAGGCUUCUCCUUGCAGCUGCACCCACUGGACCAAGACGCCCUCCUCAGGGACCCAUGCAAGAACAACGGACACUGUCACGGUUCCUGGGCCGUGUUUGCAGAGGCCGUGUUUGCUUUGACUGACUGUGCUGUACCUGCUGCAGAGCCCAGACCUGCUUGUCCCAAACCUGCCUCAUCUGAAUGGUUGCACCUGAUUCUCAGAGCAAUGGGCCUCCUCACAGUGACUCUUGGGUGCUCCCCCCAUGUUGGCCGGGUGCCCCCUGCUUCUGCCUGCAUUGGCUGGGUGCCCCCUGCUUCUGAAAUGACUAUAAAAGCUUCCCCCUGCGACUCACACUUUGAGGCCCUCCUCGGCGGACGACGGAUCUAUUGAUGCGUGCCACCAGGACUGCGAAGGUGGUCUAUUGGUACCAGCGUCACGAGGACUCACGUCUGUUCAGUUGGUAGCUAUACCACCCUUUUCCUCUUUUCUCUCUCUCUCUCUCUCUUUCCCUUCUCUACUAUUGCAUAAUUGUGUGUAUCAAUAAAGAUACAAUUGAUUUUACUUGAA